CAAAACGAAAGCAUAAAAUAAAAACAACUUUUUAUUAAUACUACAUAGACGUAAAAAUGUUAAACCAGCAAAGGCACUAAGCUUUAUUAAUAUCAUUUUACAACGGAAACAAUAAUAAAUUUAUAAGUAAUUAAGAAAUAUGCUAUCACUUGAGUGCAUAAAAACGACAAAAAGUGCAAAAAUUUAACAGUGCUGCGAAAUAGCAAAUUAAUUGUAAUGUUUUUGUGGUCAUUGCCAACGUUUUCCCGUUGUUGUUGUAUACGUAAUUCUUCCAUGGUCAUUAAUAUAGCCAUCUACGUUUUAUCUUUCCCAUAAUAAAUAUAUGUGACUGUGUUAUUCUAUGUCGCUUUAAUUAACAUUAGCGCAGUGGUGCAGUUGCGGCAGUAGAAGUGUAAUAACAAUUCGAAAAUAGACGAACAAAGAACCACGACGCCAGCGGGAUUUGUAACUAAUGUUAUAUAUUUAGUGACGUUACUUAUGCUGCAAAUAAGAAAAAAUGGAUCCACAAAAAAUAACUGAACUGGCAAAUUUGUUACGAAAAAAUGGUGAUAAAAUUUUAAGUUCAGAGUUCUCGCUGACACUAUCAGGUUCACUGCUACGCGCAUUAAAUGACUCAUUUACACUAAUCACAGAUGGCGCAGCCGAAAUCGGUACUUCACCGCAGACCUUCCAAGUUGCCAAGACGGUCAAUUCGAGAUCGCCUGUUUUCACGGAUUUACAGCUUAUUUAUGAUUUUGUACAGAAAACCCCAUUACUUUGCAUUGUACACUAUGCUACAGAUGAAUACUUUGACGGCACAAUUGAUAUCAGCAAAUUCCGUGCGUUACGGCGGCUCGAAGUGCAGAAGACAAGUGUACGACAAGUGGUCGGCAUACAACGAUUACGUGCGCAAUUGCAACAGCUUAUCUGUGUGAAGAGCCUGACGAGUGUUGAAGACAUUAUAACGCGUUGCGGUGGCGACAACUCUAAUGGCUUUGUGUGGAAUGAGUUGAAAAUCGCCGAUUUUAGUUACAAUAAUUUGCAACGCGUUGAUGCCGCAUUAGAAUUCGCACAAUUCUUACAACAUCUUAACUUGCGGCAUAAUAAAUUGCGUAGCGUAGAGGCCGUCAAAUGGUUGCCGCAUUUAAAAACUUUGGAUUUAAGUUACAAUUGCUUGCAAUGUGUGCCACAAUUUCAUUUAGAGGCCUACAAGCGACUGCAAUCAUUGAAUAUGAGCAAUAAUUUUGUUGAGGAUCUCAUGGGUAUUGCGAAAUUGGAAGCACUCACCGAUUUAGAUCUAUCUGACAAUUGUUUGCUUGAUCAUUCGUGUUUGUUGCCACUCAGCGCGCUGAUCACAUUAAACUAUCUAAAUCUGUAUGGCAAUGCAUUGUGUUGUCAUCCCAAGCACCGGCUGGCCACCGCACAGUUUCUGCACAAAAACACCGCCACUGUGAAAUUCUUAUUAGACUUGGAACCGCUUUCGAAGAGCGAAAAGUCUGUGACGGGCAGCCAACAACUGCGUCAUGUCGGUGCGCUCAAUCGCUAUGCGCAGAGAUCAUCUUCUACUUCCAUUAACAGCAGUCGUGUGCCAUCUUCAACACACACACCCUCAUCCAGUGUGGGUUCAUUGAGUUCCUUCAAAUUUAAUGUUAGUUCUACGAACAGUGUUAAAGCAGCUAAUGGUAUGCGAAAGUCAUCGUCUAAAACACGCACAGUCGAUAUCAUUGAAGAUGAAGGCGCGUUGCCGCAGACAACGGACGAACGCGAUGAGGCCAUGUUGGCCGAAAAAUUAAAACCGGUUAAAGUUGCGCUGGAAAAAGUAGACAUAUCAGAGCAAGACACACAACAUUUGGAGGCGAAGAAGCAAAUUGAGAACCUGCGCGAGAAAUAUGGUGUCAAUUGGUUGCAAUCCGGCAAUGCGGAAAUGAUACAAAGUGCUUUAGAAUAUUCUUCAUUUACAGGUAUGGAAACUAAAAGUAACACAGCAGCAACAAAUACUUCCCGGCAACAGCUCGAUGAUUUCUUGGGUGAACUUUCGGAGUCAGCGCUUGCGUCUUCACGCCCCACGUCGCAAACGCAAUACGAUAACAAUGCAACGUACGACAGCACAUUGCGUUCAUCAACACCGCUUUAUGAGAGUCGUUUAAGUGGUGAAGUGUCCAAAUUGGAGUUACACGCCUCACCAAUCAAAGCAAAUGGCGCUAAUGACAACAAUGAUGCAACAAUGUACCAAAGUAUGAACAGCACCAACUCGUACACAAACGAAAAUCAGACUUUUUAUAGAACUGUAAAUGAUUCGGAUAACACAUUAAUGCAAACGGCAGCUGACUCUUUGAGUUCUGCUUUGGAGCAAGCAAAUAUGAGUGAUGAUGCUGAGACUGAGGUCGAAAUUGAUGAUGAGCCGCCACAUUUGAAAAAUGUCUAUGCAAAUGCAACAAUUGAAGAAUCCGAUGUCUCUGAGCCCGAGGACGAUGAAGUAACCUACAUAGUUUACACUAUGCCACGCAAUGAGGCCGUAUUCUUAACCAUAUCAGAGAAUUAUUUGCGUGUACGUGAUACCUUAACGCAAAAAACCAUAACCAAGUGGAGCUUGAAAAUAUUAGAAUCCUGUGAUCGCAUAAAAUCAAAUACGAUACGUAUAAAUUUUGAUACAAUCAAAGCGGAUAAAAAGGAACGUAUCUACACCGUUGAGGACGGCUUAUGUCAGGAACUGGAACGCAAAUUGCGCGACAUACUCUCCCAGCGUGAUCUCACCGAAAUGAAUCAAACCGUCUACCGUUGUGUAAAUUGCACUUGUCAAUUCGCAGUGGAAACUAAAUAUAAGCCGCAGAAUCAGGCGAUUCAUUGUCCCGACUGCAAGAGCAGCUUUGUUGCUGAAAUACAUGACAUCCCCAAACCGACAAUUGAACCAGCUACCGAAAAACUAUCGCCCGCAGCUAUCGUCGAGGAAACACCGCUCUACACAAACACACCGCCGAAAGCAACUACAGGUGUCACGGCGAGUAUUGAUGUUGCAAUAGACACAAAUAGUAUUGUUAAAGGAUCAACCAGGCUUACUGCAAUUAACCCAACAAAGCAUAGGAAUCCACUACAAGGGCUAAAAAGCUCUGCUAAUUCACUUAACGAAUCCUCGUCCUGCUCGAAAAUUACCAACUCACAAAACUCCUUCGAUUCUAAUCAAUCGGUUGUGGGCAGCACCAAUACGGAACGUCAACAGGAGUUCACCGGCGAAAGCAGCGAUGUCGAUAUCAUUUCCAAUCCAAGUCAAUCCAGUAUUGAGGUUUUGGAUCAACACACCAGUCGUAAGGCAUCUGAGGAACGACGCCUAACGCAACAGAUGUCACCGCUGGCGGAGAAUUAUGACCUCAGUUAUACGCAAAGCUUUAUUGAACGUGAAUUUGGUAAUGCUGCUAGAGCAGCAAUGCUUGAAAAUCAAUUGGAUCAUGGAAAAAUCACAACAGCUACGACAGCGAAAGCAACACCAGUAACGACAAGCAGCAACACUGCUACUCCACAAACGUUUGCUUCCACUCUUGCUAAUACAGCUCAAGUUCAACUUAUCGAAAGCAGCUCAUCCGGUUCGGUUACCGAUAGUGUGUGUACCGCUUAUGAACAACAACAACAACAGGAACUUUUGCAAAAGACAUCCUCAUCCGAUGAGCUGUUAUCAAAAAGUGCAGAGCAGGCAAUCCUUAGAAACCUGCUGGCAGCUGAAAGUUUUGCAUCACACUCACCAGAGCCAAUAAUAACACAAACGAAACCAGCAAAUGGUUCAACAAAUGCACAAAGUAGUACACAGGCAAUAAAAAAGGAAGAAAGCAGCAAAGUAUCAUCCAUGUUUGGUGCUCUCGUUCAAACCACCAACAAUCUCAUGUCCAGCUCAAGGAAAUCAAAUUCGCAAGUCGAUCAGAAGUGCGAACCCUACAAAUUUAAUUACACGGAUUUCAACGAUAUAGAUCAUCGCCUAAAAUUAUACUUCUAUCAAACGAAAUUCGAUGAGAACGAACAGUUCAAAUGGGUGGCGCGUGGCCGCCUAUAUAAUGACAAUACAAAAACGCUCUGCGCCGGCAUAGUGGUGAUGUCAACAUGCAAGUGCUAUUUAAUGGAGGCAUUUGCGUCCGAAAAUGAAGAUGUUGCCAAGUGGUUGCGCUUGCUGGUGAGCGUCACAGCAGAUCGGCUCGAAAGCAUACAGUUGUUGCCGUGGAAACUAGGUUUGGCUUUUACAUUGCGUGAUUGGGGAAAUUUUGAACUAUUGCUGCAGGACAUAUUGCGCACCGACAGUUUGUUGCUGUACUUUGCGAAUAAUUCGCUACCGUCACAGUGCGAACUGAAAUAUCAACCAACCAACGAGUUAGUGAAACGUAUCAACAACGCUGUUACUGAUGAACAGCUGAAAAUGUGCGCAUUACUUAAUGCAUGCACUGUCACCUGUGGCCAAGCAAAGCGUAACUUGAGCACUUGUACGCUCUUAACUACAGACACACAUCUGUGCGUCAGCUCGAGUAAAUUUGAUUGGAUUUCCACGACAGAAGCAGACGCCGAACUGGAGAUUUGCAUGAAACAAUUGAUGUCAAAUCUUGUAGAAGUAGAGCUGAUCGAUGCUAAUAGCUUUCUAAUAAAUUACCUAGACGAAACUCAGGAUCAGAGUGAGACGUGGCAGUGCACUUUUGAGACAAAAGAGAAUGCCAAUAGUUGUUUAAAUGCCAUUGCACAAUCAUGGGAGAAACUUUUUGGGGUGUCGCUCUUAAAUACGUAGACGUAAAACAACCGAAGUUUUCUAAUGCAAUUUUAAAGCAUAUGUAUGUAUGUAACUAUAUGUAUAUAUGUAUUCGGAUUAAUGUUUGUUUUGGUGCAGCGAAAGCUAAAAAUGUUGACAAGGGUCUUAUAACAACUAAAUCGAAUUGAUAUAGUUGUAGCCAUAUGUAAAGUAGUUAAAUCGAAAACAGAAGAAAUGUGAAAAUUAUGUUUAACAAAUAUGUAGACAUUUAUAUUAUAUACAAUGCAAAUCAUUUUAUAUACAACUAUUUAAUUAUAUAGCGUUAGUUCUUCGUACGUACAUAUAUACAUGUUAACCUUUUAACUAACUACUACACACACGCGUAUAUAAUAUGUUCAGUGAGCGUGAAGUUUAUAAAAAUUUAUGUUUAUUUUAUCAUUAUUUCACUUUUGUUCAAUUCCAUUUACUGCAAAUUAAAAUUUAUUUUUAAAACAAAACAAA